CACUUCCAGUCCGGACACUUUCCCCCCCCCUUCCAGUCCGGACACUUUCCCCCCCCUUCCAGUCCGGACACUUUCUCCCCCCCUUCCAGUCCGGACACUUUCACCCCCUUCCAGUCCGGACACUUUCCCCCCCUUCCAGUCCGGACACUUUCCCCCCCUUCCAGUCCAGUCCGGACACUUUCACCCCCUUCCAGUCUGGACACUUUCCUUCCACCCUCCUUCCAGUCCGGACACUUUCACCCCCUUCCAGUCUGGACAUAUUCACCCCCUUCCAGUCCGGACACUUUCCCCCCCUUCCAGUCGGACACUUUCACCCCCUUCCAGUCCGGACACUUUCACUUUCACUUUCACCCCCUUCCAGUCCGGACACUUUCACCCCCUUCCAGUCCGGACACUUUCACCCCCUUCCAGUCCGGACACUUUAACCCCCUUCCAGUCCGGACACUUUCACCCCCUUCCAGUCGGACACUUUCCCCCCUUCCAGUCCGGACACUUUCACCCCCUUCCAGUCCGGACACUUUCCAUCCCCCUUCCAGUCCGGACACU